AUGCUUUCGGCUCCACCCACUCCAGCAGCUCCUUCUUUUAUGUUUCUUCCCUCAGUCACCUCCAGUCCUGCUGUUACCACAGCAACAGUUGCACUUAGCCACGGUGCUCCCUCUGAUGGACCCACUCAAUUUCCUACUGUUCUAUCCCUGUUCCCCUCCCUUCCCCCUUCCUCCCCCUCCCUUCCCCAACACCCAAAUGUUUUUUCUGUGUCUUCAGCACUCCCCGUUGCCGGUCCUCUGGCUCCAGCCGUUGUUAACACUGUGCCCUCAAGCACUUUCACUCUGGCCUCUGCCACUCUGCCCCUCUACGGCCUACAAAGCAAGGCUUUCCAGUUCUGCACAGCCUCCAGUUCCGCCACCGCACCAGCCGACCACCCGCUUGCAGGUUCUCUACCCAGUGCCACCCGCACCAGCACACCAAUGAUUCCAUCCUGCCGCCACUACAGUGCAGCAACAGACUGCUUCAGCCUAGCUAGGGCCAGGCUGCACAUUUGACCCCUGCACCUGCAUCCCUCCAUCCCGCCUCCUUUCUUCUUCCCUUCCUUCAGCUGAAGCUACCUCAACGCUUUCGGCUCCACCUGCCCCCGCAGCUCUUUUCUUUUCUCUUUCUUCCCGCAGCCACCACCGGUUCUGCUGUUACCUCAGCCACAGUCGCACCGAGCUACAGUGCUCCCUCUACUGGACCCACUCCAUUUCCUCCUGUUCUAUCCCUGUUCCCCUCCCCUCCCUCAUUCAUCCCUCUGUAUCCGACCUUCAUCCAGCCCUUUAUGUACCUCCCAGCUCUCAUCCUACCCCCUCGUCUUCCAACGCUCCCAAGUGCAUCCAAGACAACCUGAUC